AUGGCAGAUCUUUCUAUUUUUGACGUUAGAACCGGACGUCUCAAUUCUUCAACCAACUAUCCGGAAGACCUUCGUAAGGGGCUCGAGAAGUUAAGUGAUAUGAUUGUUGAACUUAUAGAUGAAUACAAACCGAAGCCAGGCCCGAAUACAGUCGUGGAGGCUCAAACACGGCUCACCACUAAUGGCAUAAUUGCUGUCAUAGGCACUUUUGUUCUAGUUCUUGUGCUUGUCCUAUUAUAUAUCUACAUACAUAGACUUCGAAAAAGACCGACUGAGACAAGACCGUUCUUUCUCGCAGACGAUGAAGUAGAUAUAUCAACAGGCACAGAUAUACCCGAACAAGAGCCAGCACCACCCACAGAUGUACACGAACAAGAGCCAAUACCACCCACAGAUAUGCCCAAACAAGAGCCAAUACCACCCACAGAUAUGCCCGAACAAGAAACAACACAAGGGUUUACAAGAGGUGAUGCCAACAUGCCGUGUUUCUCAUCAUUUACCGCAAGCCCAACAUCAUCAGAUCCGAAUCCAGACAUGAUAAGAAGAACUAAGCCAUUAGAUACAUCAGAAGACAUUGUUAGAGAACAAGAAGAUAAUUUGCCCCCAUUUACACCACCACGCACCAUAAGCCACGAACUUACCCACCCAGUAGAACCAAAACCAGAGCAACUCACUUCAAUGGCUUCUCCCACCACCGCACCUCCUCGCGUCGUUACAACCGCUAGCAUAAUAAUGCACAACCCAGAAGAUUCUCACAACCUAUCACAAGAGAUAACCCCAACAACACAUCGCUCAACACUAGCAUCUUCUGGCCAAACACAUAAGAAUACUCUUAGAGCUCCAUCAAAACGGUCACAUCAGAGAAUCCUUUCUGAACCACGAGAUCCUCUCCCGACUAUUAAUAAGGAGCCCGAGCCAGUUCAACCAGAACCCACUUCUUCUAUGAAAGCACUCACUGAUUCCAGCCCAGUGCCUGUUCUAACAUUAGCAAACGAAUUAGAAUACCAACCACUACAGGCUAGUGUUACCAACCCCGAACAUCCUAUACCCAAACCUAGAUCAACGACACGCCCUAAAAAACCACAACAACAUACAACAGCUCAUAAUGUUUCAGUAGAUGAAAGCACCAUCUCUGACCCCGUGCCAACUCUACCGCAACCCACUACAGUAAAACCCGAUACUAACCCCACUAAGGAAGAGAGCUAUAUUGAAAUCUUCAAAAAUGCUUAUGCGACCUAUACAGUUGAUAUCCAAGCUGAGGUUGAAUGGGCCAGGAAACAUGCAAAGCAUCUAAAAGAGGGCAAGAAGGCAAAAUACUGGGAUAAAUUAGUUGCAAGAAUUGAGCCUCAAUUACCAACGAGCAUAGAUACCUUUUUGGCACGUCACAAGAGCAGUUCUGAAAAGUUUACUGUUCGAGAUACAGAUGGUCAUACUAAAGACUUUACUGUUCCAGAUACAGAUGAGCUUAAAAAGAUUCUACUAGAAGACAUAAAGAAGCGCUUAGACUUAAACACCAUUUAA